UCAGUCAGUUUUCAAAACAGUCAAAAUUUGUCAACAAAUCGUGCAUUUUGUGUUUUCAGCAAAGUGAUAAAAUAAUAUUUUAUUGUUUACCGAUAUUUACUGAUAAAUUACAAUGGCGUUAACCAAUGUGUUGUUAUUGAGUCAAAUAGCUGGGUAUAUUAUCAGCCUUAUCUUGUCUUUGUGCAUAAUUGUGCCUAUGAGUAUGCAUCAGCAUGAAUUCAGUGGUCACUGCCUGCUGUUCUCCGAAGGCACAUGGCAGGAGCAGGAUGGACAGCUGCUGGUCUCGUGGGCCUCGCGCGCGUACUGCGACUAUGUCAUCGUGGUCGGGGUGCUCAUGUUCAUUGUCAGCUGUGUGCAGAUUUACAGACUAUCAAUGCUACUGUACCGCGGCGCGGACAGCUCGUUCUUCUCCGCGUUCCUGGAGGCGGCGGGCUGCGCGCUGCUGUGCGCGCUGGCGGUGUCCGCGGCCGCGCUGGUGACCCUCGGGCUGGUGACUUGGUGCGCCAACAUCGUGGAGCGCUUCCCCAGCUGUGAAGUGGCGGCGGGCCAGGACAUAGACCACAAGGACAACAUCAACACAAGCGGCUUCUACAUGGAGAUGGGGACGGCGCAGUUCGGCGCCUGGGGCGCGUUCGCCACAUGGGUGGGACUAGCCGUCUUCUCAGUCCUCAAGCUGUGCCGCUACCACCAGUUGGAGAACAUCCGAGUGUCCAUGUUCCGCGAGCGCCAGCGCCUCGUCAACGACAGUGGCUCCCCCACGGCCGAGCGAGCGUGCUCCACGCCGCCCGUCGCGGAUAAUCUGUAG